AGCAACUCGAAGGACGCAUUUAACAUGGAAUGAAAUCGAUGGCAUUUGAUUAAUAUUUGCUUGAGGUUGAGGGCUGCGGGACCAUGGCGGAGGGGGAGGACUGCAUGAGCAGUGCAGACUGGAGGGAAAAAUGUGUGGCCCUGGAGGCUCUGCUUUUCAAGUUUCGGGGCCAGAUUGUCGUGAUUCGAGAGCUAACAGCGGAGAAGAUGCAGCAGUUAGAGACCCAGGUAUUAGAGGCUGACAGACGUGCUUAUGAGGCCAACCAACAGGUUCAGUGGAUGGAGGAACGGCUGAAGGCUGCUGACCUGCAGUCAGGUGACUCAGAGCUCCGUUUGUUCAGACGCUGUCAGAAGCUGCAGGCCUUGCUACAGGAAAAAGAUGAGCUUAUUGCCCUGCUGGAGCAGCAGCUGGAAGAGCAGAAACAGAUCCGCCUCCAAGAUGCCAAGACUGUGGAGGAGAAAGCUGCCAAAAUCAAAGAGUGGGUGAUGCUGAAGCUAAAUGAGUUUGAGACAGAGAAUGCUGCACUGAGGGAGACAAACCAACAGCAGGAAGCUCAGAUACUGGAGCUACAGAGACAAUUGCAAGCAGCGGAGCAGACUCAGAGAGAUGCGGUUCAUCCCAGGCCCGGCCAAGCCCAGCGUCUCAGUAGCCUCACUUUCGGCUCCUUCCAACUGCGAGGGAAAAACCCCCAGGUGUUGUCCAGCCCCCAGCCCAUCCAGCACAGCGUCAGCGUCCAAUCACACGCCAGAGACGCAGACAGGAGACCCUCAUCUGACCGGGGGGUGAAGCAGAGUCCUGAGAAAGAGGGUCAGGGGUCGACCCCUAAGAUGGAGUCUGACGACGAGGGUGAAUGUGAGAGUGCGGGAUGUUCUCCAUCUCGUGGCGUCUCUUCCGUGCUUUCCAGCGCCGCCUCUGAAGGCGAGCAGGAAGUUAGCAGCGGGCCGCAGUUUAGCCGACCCGCUAGCGAGAACUACCAAACCGCUUCCGACGACAGCAGCUCGCUCUUCGACGACGACAUGCAGCGCGCUGAACGACCCCACUUCCGUCUUCUGGGUUCCGAGCCAGAGUCAAAGCUGAAAAGUGGUGGGAAAGCUGACUUCGAAGACGCCUCCUCAGACGAACUCAACAAACGCUUUCAGUCCCAACGCCUCGACUCCUCGUCCUCCUCGAGCGAAGCUAACACUCCCAGUCCCAUUCUGACUCCUGCUCUGACUCCCAAAAGGCCGACUCCCACCCACGACUCCCAGGACACCCCCGCAUCUCCCAAGCAACCUCGCCUCCGCACCCCUAAUGCGUUCAGUGUUAGCAUAGCAUUAGCAAAGAAACAUUUAAGCCAGCCCCCGCUAUGCAGCGAAUUAGCCCAGGGACGAACGAGGAACGCCAUCAGCAUGCUCCGCCCACUCAGGCCACAGGAGGCGGAGCUAGACCAGGAGCAGGACAUGGAGAUGGGUCAGGAAAUGUCCCCGCAGGUGCUCAAUGAGCCGACUCAGAUGCCAGAUCCGUCUGCCGCCUUGCCGGGGAGCAAACCCCCCACGCCCCCCCUGCACAGGUUUCCCUCCUGGGAGAGCAGAAUCUAUGCAGUGGCCAAGUCUGGUAUAAGACUGUCAGAAACAACAUGUGCAGGUGUCGCUAACAAAGACUCAGUCCUGCCCUCCUCAUGCCCAGCCUACAUGCUUUAUGCGUCUCUGAUCUACAAGAAUACAAACACGCCUGUUUAUUCUACACUCAAAGGGAGAGCUAUGUUGCUUAGCAAUGGUCAGUUCUCAGAGGAGUCAUCCAGUUCAGAGGAGGAGGAGAGUUCAGAGGAGUGUUAUUCAAACUCAGGAGAGGAGGAAAACUCUCUUUACGGUUCUCAAAAUUCUGCCUCAGACUCUCACAAGGGUAACAGUCAUGGAAGCCCACGCACGCUCAAGAGAGCUGUGUCCCUGUCCUCCAUGGCAUCCGAGAGCGAUUAUGCCAUUCCACCUGACGCCUACUCCACUGACACUGAGUGCUCCGAACCAGAAAACAAACUUCCAAAGACCUCUUCCUCCAGCAGUGACAGCGGAAAGAGCGAGCCGAUGGAGAAGUCUGGGUACCUCCUAAAGAUGGUGAAGACUUGGAAAAAGACGUGGAAGAGACGUUGGUUUGUGCUGAAGGAUGGAGAACUUCUCUACUACAAGUCACCGAGUGACGUCAUCCGUAAGCCGCAGGGUCAGAUUGAGCUCAGCGCAUCCAGCAGCAUCGCUCGUGGCGACGGCAAACAGAUGCUUCAGAUCACGACUGGGAAACACGCGUAUAAUCUGAAGGCGGAUUCGCCGAACCUGCUGGAGGAAUGGAUGCGGGUUCUGCAGAGCGUCGUGCGAGUCAAAGCCGCCAGUCCGCUCUUCACGCAGCCCGACGUUCGUCCAAUCAUGAGAGGCCAUCUGAUGAAGGUGAAACAUGGUUAUUCUAAGCAUGUGUGGUGUGCACUCUUUGGGAAAACACUCUAUUACUUCAGAAGUCAAGACGACAAGUUCCCACUUGGUCAGAUCCGACUGUGGGAAGCCCGUGUGGAGGAAGUGGAGAGACCCAGUUACUCAGAUGGGGACAGUAAGUGGGGCAGCCAGGGCACCCAGUCUGCCCGCUUCACGGUCUCUAUUCAGCCCCUCAACCAGAGCCCCACAUACCUGCUCAUAGACUCCCAGCAUGAAAAGGCUGCAUGGUUGUACCAUCUGUCCGUGGCAGCGGGCACUGCCGUGGGUCAAGUGGGCACUGAGUUUGAGCAACUGGUGGGCAAACUCCUCAGCGUAGACGGAGACCCAGGUUCUCAGGUCUGGAGACAUCCCAUGCUGUGUUUUAGUAAGGAGGGUCUCUCCUCCCCCCUGACCACCCUCCCCUCCCAAGCCCUCCAGACAGAGGCUAUCAAACUCUUCAAGACUUGUCAGCUCUUCAUUAAUGUAGCCAUAGACACUCCAGCCAUUGACUACCAUGUCACUCUGGCCCAGUGCGCUCUGCAAGUGUGUCUCACUCACCCUGAGCUACAGAACGAAAUCUACUGCCAGCUGAUAAAACAGACCCGAAAGAGGCAACCCCAAGGCCAGCCUGGACCACUGCAGGGCUGGCAGUUUCUGGCUCUUUGUGUGGGACUCUUCCUGCCACAACAUCCUUUUCUCUGGCUGCUCCAAGCACACCUUAAAAAACAUGGCGACUCCAGGACAGAGGUGGGAAAGUAUGCCAUCUACUGCCAGCGGUCACUGGAACGGACCCAGCAGAGGGGAGAUCGGCAGGCCCGACCAUCUCGAAUGGAGAUUCUCUCCAUCUUACUCAGGAACCCUUACCACCAUUCCUUACCGUUCAGUCUGCCUGUACACUUUCUGAACAACACUUACCAGGUGGUAGGUUUUGACGCCUCAACCACGGUGGAGGAGUUUCAGUGCAGGCUGAAUCAAGAGACCGGCAUGCGGAAAACCGGCCAAUCGGGUUUCGGCCUUUAUUCGGACGACCCCACGGGCCAAGACCUGGAGCAUUACUUACAGGGCAACCUGAAGAUCUGUGAUAUUAUCGCCAAAUGGGAGCAGGCCUCCAAGGAGCAGCACCCAGGAAAAUCUGAGAAUGCCAGGACCGUGAGACUCACGUACAAAAACAGGCUGUAUUUUUCCCAUCAGGUCAGGGGAGAGACAGAGAGAGAGAGGUUGCUCUUAGCUUAUCAGACAAAUGAGGAAAUAUUUGCGGGUCAUUUUCCAGUGAACAAAGAGCUGGCCUUAGAGAUGUCAGCCCUGCUUGCUCAGGUGGAGUUUGGAGACUUUGAACGUCCAUUCUCGAGCCCGUCUGGUAGCAGUUCAGCCCAGACCAAAUCCAGUCAGACUCUGAGACAGGUUCUGGAGCGUUUUUAUCCUAAGCAUUACAGACGAGCCUGCACUGAGGAACAGCUCAGACAGCUGCAGCAGCGGCUGUCGACUCGCUGGGCGUCCCUGAGAGGUCGAAGUUCAUCAGAGUGCGUGCGAAUCUAUCUGACAGUGGCGCGAAAGUGGUCUUUCUUUGGGGCUAAAUUGUUUGAGGCUGAGCCCAUUUCCCCCUCCCCUCAGCAGAACACACAUGUGUGGCUGGCUGUACAUGAAGGUGGGAUCAGCGUGUUAGAAUUCAACUCAAUAAAGCUGCUGGUGUCUUAUCCUCACAGAGGCAUUGUAAGUUUUGGUGGAUGCGGUCAGGACUUCAUGCUGGUUGUGGGACAAGGCAGUAGCUCCAACGCAGCCAAAGACAAACCCUCAGAGAAACAUGUGUUCACAAUGGAACCCUCAAAGAUUCGAGAGAUAACCGAGCUCAUCGCUGGCUACGUGAACAGCGGCCAUCAGCAGAAGGCCGCCGCCCACCACCUCUCUGCCCCGGCCCUGCUGUUGGCUCAGUCAGCUCUGCCCAAAAAGAAAGAGCUUAGGAGCAAAUCCCCUCCUGCCAACAGCAGACCCAGCAAAGCCCCAACACUCCUGUGA